AUGAGUGCUGCAGAAGUUGCAGACCACUACAACAAUGUACGGCAGGCUGGCAUUCAAGACAGGAAGGAAAGUCGAAUUUUUUUCAUGCGAAACAUGAACAAUUGGAUAAAAAGUCAACUCAUUAAUGACGCAAUGAAACUUGUGAACGAAAAUGGUGUAAAAUCCCCUGUCGUUCUGGACAUUGCCUGUGGGAAGGGUGGAGAUCUACGGAAAUGGGAUAUUACUGGAGCAAAACAUGUCGUAAUGGCUGAUGUCGCUGAUGUAUCUAUUCAGCAAGCCGAAGAACGAUACAAAACUAUGCAUAAAUACCCACAUGAUAUUUUUGGGGCUCAGUUCAUAGUUGCAGAUUGUACAAAGGAGAAUCUUGACGACAAGAUAGAGAUCAAGGAGCCAUUCGAUUUGGUUAGCUGCCAAUUUGCUAUGCAUUAUUCUUUCGUAGAUGAAGAUUCUGCGAGAACUUUCCUGAAGAACGCGGUCGGAAAACUGAAACUCGGCGGAGUUUUCAUCGGAACGCUUCCAGACGCAGACAGAAUUGUGUGGGCAGUGCGCAACGGUACAGAAGGAAAAUUUGCGAACGAUGUAUGCAAGAUCACUUAUGAAAAAGUAGAUGAACUUUCUGAAGGGAAUGUACCUUUAUUCGGAGCAAAGUUCCAUUUUUCGUUGGACGAGCAAGUAAACUGUCCGGAGUUUCUUGCUUACUUUUCUCUCGUAAAACAUCUCCUAGAAGAACAUGAUAUGGAACUACUCUUCGUUCACAAUUUUGCUGAAGCAAUCACCAACUGGUUAGUACCCGGAAGACGUCUUCUGGAAAGCAUGAAAGGUCUCGAAACGUUCCCGAAUCGAAAUCUCAGUGGGAAAACCGACGAAGAAUAUUUGGAAGCCAAAGCGAAAAUUGAUUCGCUCGGAGAUAAUGUGCCAAAAUUUGUCGGAACACUUUCCAAGUCAGAAUGGGAAGCGAUUUGCAUGUAUCUGGUUUUUGGAUUCCGUAAAAAGAAGACCACGGAAAAAAAUCUCGAGUCGGAAGCUCCAGAAAUCAAGAAAGUGACACCAGUACCAUUAAAUGAGGACACUGAUAAAACAGCUGAAAAGAACGAGGAACGAAUCGAAGAAAAAGAAGAAAAUCCAUCCCAUUGUUAA